AUGUAUUGCAAGAUUUUAACAUUACAGAUUUUGUGUCUGGCUGCUCUGGCUGCUUUGGUAGGGUUGGUGAUCGCGCAGCACGGGCAUGAGCACGCGCACUCCUCGCAGCACAUCUCCAAGCACGACGGACACGCGGAGGAAGUCAUCAUCAAGGACCACCACGGACACGAGAAGCACGUCGACUACUACACGCAUCCCAAGUACGAGUUCAAGUACGAGGUGGAGGACAAGCACACGGGCGACCACAAGACGCAGCACGAGCACCGCGACGGCGACGUCGUCAAGGGCUUCUACAGCCUGCACGAGCCCGACGGCUCCCUCAGGGACGUGCACUACCACAGUGACAAAAAGACUGGAUUUCACGCUGAGGUGAAACACAGCACCCACCACAUUGUUCCCAAACAUCACCAUCAUUAAAACUGGUUUAUCUAAUACUAUACAC